UUCGGGGGCGUGGCACGGCAGAAUCUUUGCGGAAGUGUGUGAGCGGGGAGUCAUAUGACCAAGCACCAGCCGGAGAAAAUGUUACCCCGAUAUGGAUAACUGUGCCCGAAGACGGUGACUAAACUGUCCCCCAGCAACGUGACAACCGUGGCCUGAAGUCGUGUUUCCGACACGGUGAACUUUGGCGAUGGAGGAGAUAAAGGUGUCUCCUGACUAUAACUGGUUCAGAAGCACAGUGCCCCUGAAGAGGAUAAUCGUCGAUGAUGAUGACAGUAAGGUAUGGUCUCUCUAUGAUGCCGGCCCAAAGAGCAUCAGAUGUCCCAUCAUCUUCCUCCCCCCUGUAAGCGGGACCGCUGAGGUCUUUUUCCACCAGGUUUUGGCCCUAACCGGCUGGGGCUACAGAGUCAUCUCGGUGAGUUCCCUGCUGGCAAACCCCCGCAGCCCGUGUCCCACCCUUGACAGCAGCAGCAUUCUUUUCCAGCUGCAGUAUCCCGUGUACUGGGACCUGACCGAGUUCUGUGACGGCUUCAGGAAGCUCCUGGAUCACCUGCAGCUGGACAAGGUCCACCUGUUCGGGGCGUCUCUGGGCGGAUUUUUGGCUCAAAAGUUUGCCGAGUGUACACAUAAGUCCCCCAGAGUCCACUCUUUGAUCCUGUGUAACUCCUUCAGCGACACCUCCAUCUUUAACCAGACGUGGACAGCAAACAGGUGCUUCUAUCGCUUCUGGCUAAUGCCCGCCUUCUUACUGAAGAAGAUUGUCCUGGGAAACUUUGCCAGAGGACCCAUGGACCCUAAAAUGGCGGAUGCAAUCGACUUCAUGGUGGAUAGGCUGGAGACCCUAAACCAAGGGGAGUUAGCGUCCCGGCUGACGCUCAACUGUCAGAAUUCCUACGUGGAGCCGCACAAAAUAAAAGAUGUGGCAGUGACCAUCAUAGACGUGUUUGACCAGAGUGCUCUGUCCUUGGAAGCUAAGGAGGAGAUGUAUAAACUGUAUCCUAAUGCCAGAAGAGCUCAUCUGAAAACAGGAGGAAAUUUCCCAUACUUGUGCAGGAGUGCAGAGGUCAAUCUCUACAUACAGAUUCACCUGCGUCAGUUCCACGGGACGAGAUAUGCUGCCAUAAAUCCUGCCAUGGUGAGCGCGGAGGAGUUGGAGGUGCAGGAGAGUCACCUGAGCUGUAACCAAGACUCCGAUGACAGCCAAUGAGACCACGCCUACUCGCAGGCCGACUCCAAAAUCUGUUCUCUACUUUCAAAAGGAUUUGCAGUGAUUUCUACUUUUGAACUCUACAGUCAAUCAGCAGCUGAAAAUCUUUGUACCCGACAGAAGCAAUAUUUUGAUAAUGACCUGUACAUAACUGUUUCUUUGCCAUUGCUUUGCUUUCAAAAACAAAGACAACACCUUGCCUUAUGUAAAAUGAAUCGUUGUAUUCGUAAACUGCCUGAAGUGAGACGUGGACGCGCUACUGAUGUCCCAUGUGUCGUAAGCAGUGGCUAACAGGAAGCCAGCUGCCUGCUGGUUUGCAGACCAGUGCACUGCCUGUGAUGGGAUAUGCUGUAAAUCUAUAAUUGUUUGUAUCUUUCACUGAGAUGGAAAUACAUUUUUGCCAUUAUUUUUUUUCCCCUCC